AAAAAAAAAAAAAAGAAGGGAAAACCCGAUUAAACCGAUCCAACUAUGCCCCCAAUAACUUGUCCGAGUCAAUGUCCAGUCCGAUUUUUAAAAUAGUAUAGUACUAUUUUGUUUAUACUAUAGCACUCUACCUUAAUUUAAUUUAAUUUUAUUUGAUCAAUUAUGUAGUAGCUAGUAGUCUACAUUUGAGCACAAAAGUCUCGUUCAUUAUUCAAAUUCCCAAUUUCCAAUUACGUUUUCUCUUUUACGUCCUGUCCCAUCUCGGCCAAUCUUUUAAACCCGAUUCUUUCUUUCUUUUUUUCUCCUUUUCACACUCCAUUUUCCCAAUCAAACAAAAUUCACACCACAUGGAUCCCGGAUCCGGAUCCGGAUCCGGAGCAGGAGAAGGAUCCGAUCCAACAGUAUCCACCGAUCAGGCCGGUCCGCCUUCAGCGUCAACGGAUUCCGCGGCGGCGGCGGCGGCACCGCCGAGCCGGUACGAGUCGCAGAAGAGGCGGGACUGGAACACGUUCCAGCAGUACCUGAGGAACCACAAGCCGCCGCUGACGCUGGCCCGGUGCAGCGGCGCGCACGUGAUCGAGUUCCUCAAGUACCUUGACCAGUUCGGGAAGACGAAGGUGCACGUGACGGGUUGCCCCUACUUCGGCCAGCCCGACCCGCCGGCUCCCUGCGCGUGCCAGCUCAAGCAGGCCUGGGGCAGCCUCGACGCGCUCAUCGGCCGGCUCCGAGCCGCCUACGAAGAGAACGGCGGCCGCCCGGAUACCAACCCGUUCGGAGCCAAGGCCGUCAGAAUUUAUCUGAGAGAAGUUAGAGAGAGCCAGGCCAAAGCUAGAGGGAUACCCUAUGAGAAGAAGAAGCGGAAACGAAACCCUCCUAAUACAGCUGUCACUGGCGGUGGUGCUGGAGGUAGUAGCGGCGGCGGCGGCGGCGGCGGAGGCGAUGAUCGGAGUUGACAUGCGGAGACUAAUGUGCCUGCAGCAGCCGUAGCUACUAAGUUAGUAAUAAUUCGUAUUAGUAUAUAAUUAAUUUAGUGGCCGUCGGUCCUAUUCUUUAUAAUAUCUUUUAGUAUAUUAUUAUUUGAUAUUUCAACUUGGUAUUAUAUUUCUCUUAAUUGUGAAUUAUUAUCGAAUAUAAUAAUAAUAUAUAUAUUCAAGAACGAAUUGUUUUUCC